AUGGCGCAAGAAUACAAGCUCAAGGGAAUCACCUCUCUCGACCUCCAACCAGGCGAGAAGCAUGAGGUCGAGGUCGAGGGCCUGGACGCAAAGGUCCUCCUCCUCAAUGCUGCCGGCAAGACACAGGCUAUCGGUCCACGAUGCACUCACUACGGUGCUCCCUUGGUCAAGGGCGUUCUCGGCCACAACGGAAAGCUGACCUGCCCAUGGCACGGAGCUUGCUUCAACACCACGACCGGCGAUAUCGAAAACGCCCCCGCGCUGAACGCUCUCCCCGUCUUCAAGGCCACCGAACGCGACGGCGCUGUAUACAUCACUGGUGAUGCCGAGACCAUCAAGGCCGGCAACCGCAAGCCCAAGUUCAAGUGCAAGGUCGCCGGAGCUCCUCUGUCCGACAAGGUGGUCAUUGUCGGUGGUGGCUCCGGUGCCUUGGGCGCCGUUGAAGGCUUGCGCGAGCUCGGUUUCGCAGGCCCCGUCACCAUGAUUACCAACGAAGGGUACCUGCCCAUUGACCGCCCCAAGCUCAGCAAGACACUCAUGACCGACCUCAACAAGCUACAAUGGCGUGAUGCCGAAUGGUUCAAGAGCGGAGACAUCGACAUUGUCCAGGACGAGGUGGUUGGCGUCGACUUUGGCGGAAAGACGGUCAAGACCAAGUCCGGUCAACAAUACCCCUACUCUCGACUGGUCCUUGCCACCGGCGGCACCCCCAAGCUUCUGCCUCUUCAGGGCUUCCAAGUCUUGGAUAACGUCUUCACUUUGCGCAAUGUCCGCGACGCCGAGAACAUCAGCAAGGCCAUUGGGGAGAAGGGCAAGAAGAUUGUCAUUAUUGGUUCCUCCUUCAUCGGCAUGGAGCUCGCUGGUUGCACGUCCGACGGAAACGACGUGACCAUCAUUGGAAUGGAGAAGGAGCCUUUGGAGAGGGUACUCGGUGAGAAGGUGGGCGCCCUGGUCAAGAAGAACAUCGAGGCCAAGGGUGUCAAGUUCUACAUGUCGGCUGGCGUCGAAAAGGCCGAGCCAUCAACAAGCGACCCCUCCAAGGUCGGCUCAGUCCACCUCAAGGACGGAACCAAGCUUGACGCCGAUAUCGUCAUUUUGGGCGUCGGCGUUUCUCCAGCUACCGAGUACCUCAAGGAAAAUAGUGUUGUCCGUCUUGAGGACGACGGUAGCUUGAAGGUUGACGAGAACUUUUCGGUCGUUGGACUCAAGGACGUUUACGCCAUUGGCGACAUUGCUUCUUACCCCUACCAUGGUCCCGGUGGUGAUGGCAAGUAUGUCCGCAUUGAACAUUACAACGUUGCUCAGAACGCUGGUCGUACGGUAGCCAACCAUAUCGUCCACCCCAACCUCCAGUCCGAGUUCUUCACCCCGGUGUUCUGGAGUGCUCUUGGUGCUCAGCUGCGGUACUGCGGAAACUCGUACCAUGGAUGGGAUGAUCUUGUUCUCCAGGGUGAGCCGGACCAGGGCAAAUGGGUGGCUUAUUACGCCAAGGGCGAGACGGUUGUGGCCAUGGCUAGUAUGGGCAAGGAUCCAGUCAUGGCUCAGUGUGCUCAAAUGAUGCAGCUUAACAAGAUGCCGAGCAAGUCACAGUUGAAGGAUGGAUUGGAUGUUCUCAGCCUUGGACCUCCUCAGUAA